AUGAAUAGCAGUCAGCAACAGAAACAAAAGCAGAAGGGUGGUGGUGGAAAGCAUGUCGGGGGAACCUGCACGCCGAAGAUGUUGCAGAUGGCAAUGUUGUUGACCGGAGCAGCAUUGGCCGGUUAUAUAGUUGGCCCUCCCUUAUACUGGCAUAUCUCCGACGCCUUGUUCUCUUUUCGUCGCUCCUCUUGCCCUCCCUGUCUCUGCGAUUGCACUUCCGGACCCCUUCUUUCCCUCCCACCAGGAUUGAACAGCACUUUCUUUACAGAUUGCAUUAAGCAUGAUCCUGAAAUAAGUGCUGAGAAGGAAAGAAACCUAACCAAUCAGCUGACAGACGAGCUCAGGCUAAAAGAAUCCCAAGCUUUAGAAAAUCAUCGCAAGACCGACGUGGCUCUGUUAGAGGCCAAGAAGCUAUCCUCCCAAUACCAAAAGGAGGCAGACAAGUGCAACUCCGGAAUGGAGACUUGUGAAGAGGCCAGAGAGAAAGCCGAAUCUGCACUACAAGCGCAGAGACAAAUUACAUCUGUUUGGGAGCUCAGGGCUCGUCAGAAAGGAUGGAAAGACCCGCCCCCAAAGACCAAAAUCAAGUCCUUGAACAUCGACAAGACCCAACUCGUCACCAGCAAUCCCGCAGCUCAGUUUAGUUAG